UCUUUUUCUAAGUAUGGCGAAAUUAGUUUAAAGUAAUUAGAAGUUCUCCAAAAUUCUAAUACUUUUUUUUAUUAAAAAAAAACUCUAUCAACUUUAAAGUAAAAAAAAAAUACUUUAAUACCAUUAAGUUCCUGUGCCAUUGAAAUUUAUAAGUAUAAGAUAUAGCAGUUGAUUGCUUCAGUUGUGCGUUUUUUUAAGUUCCUCCUACGAUUGAAAUGUAUAUGAAUAAAAUGUAUCAGUUGUUUGGUGCAAUUAUUUAUUUUUUUGGUCAGCAUGUCACAAGUGUGCCAGAAUCCGAAAAAGAAUACUGGUUUUUCGACUCCAAAACGGCUUAUGACAUUGUACAUGGAUAUGACUUGAAAGUACCGGAAAACUGCCAGAUUCAGCAAAUAUUUGGUGUGUUCAGACACGGUACGAGAUAUGGUUCCAAAGAUGACACAAAAGAUAUGAAAAAAUUACUGCCUUUCAGAAAAGAUUUGGAAAAAAAUGCUAAUAUGCCAAAAGAAGACAUCGAAGCCAUACAAAACUGGACGAUUGGUGUAAGCGAUGAUAUUAACAAAGAUUUGAAUGAACAAGGAAUACAAGAUAUGAAAAAAUUGUCAUUAAGAGUAAAAAAUGCAUUUGGUGACAUAUUUCAAGAAACAUUCAAUACCGAAAUCCAUAAAGUAUUAACUUCACACGAAACCCGCGCCAGACAAAGUGGCUAUCAUUUUUUAAAAAAUGCAUUUGGAAAAAAGAUCAAUAUCACAAGUAUUGAUGACUUACCUAUGUUUGAAAAGACGGAUGUGACAUUGAAUAUAGACAAAUUAAGAGAAAAAAAAUUGACUAAAGAAGAAAAAGCAAAACAAAAAGCACUAGGAACAGGACCAAUAACAGAAAUGACGAAAUUCCAAAACAGUCCUAUAAUGUUAAGAACUCUGGAAAAUAUAGCUUAUAAACUUGGAUUAAAGUCACCUCUUAGAUUUGAACAUGGAAAAGCAAUGUAUGAGAGUUGUCGUCUCGAAAGAGCCGUUAAUACGGGCAUUACACCACCGUGGUGUACUGUGUUUUGUACACUGGACCUUCAAGUUUUUGAGUAUUUGAACGAUAUUGGUUGGUAUUACAAACUUGGUUGGGGUAAUCCGGACGGCUAUCGACUGGGCUGUCCGUUGUUGACAAGACUUAACUUAAGUUUUAAAAAUGCUGCUGACAGGAAAGGAGCAAAAGCUGUACUUUAUUUUGGACACAGAGAUAACCUGUUUGUAGUCAUCACCAUACUAGGAUUGGCUAAAGACGAUACAGCUCUAAAAGCAGACAAUAUGGAUGAGAUGGCCAAAAGAAAGUGGAGAACUUCAUUCAUAAAUCCAUUUGCUGCAAAUAUGAUUGCCGCAUUUUACUCAUGUAAUGAUAAUGUUGAUAGAGUAUCCUUCUUUCUUAACGAAAAACUUGUGCCCAUUGAAUUAAAAGACAAAAAACUUUGCACUUUGUGUGAUUGGAAAGACGUCAAGGAAAAAUUCGAUAAAAUUACUGAUGAUGAAAAAUGCACGUUUGGUCAUGUUAUAACAGCUCCUUAAAAAGUAUUUUUCAAAUAACUUCCGAUGUUUUGUUAUUCUACCGUUUACAUUUAAAUACCACUCAACCCUCAAAUACAAGAAAUUAAAAAAAAAAAUUAUUAGAUUCCCUGUAUUCAAGUAUUCUAAACUGUAUUUUUUUCUAAAUUUUUUUAAUACUCUAUCAUUGCUUGUACAUCUAGACCAGUUAUUUCUCAAUAUUUAAAAAAUAUUGUGAAUUGGUCACACUUCAGAGUAAAAAGAAAUUACUAAAUUCCUUUUAUAUAUAUACCUACA